AUGAAGCUUGCAAAUCAAGGAGUGGAUUUCUUAUUUGUUAAUAGAAAAGAUGCCGAGAAUUUGUACAACUUCCUCGUUACUCAAACACCUAUUAUGCCUGAUCAAUUUCGCAAGAAAUUUAUGAAGUCCUCUGAUCCUAACAGAAAUAAUCAUACCGAGAUUUGGUACAUCUCAGCUGUGAUCUGCCCUAUUUACCAGUAUGAUCUUAUACAUCUCCCUCGAAGUCUCAUUGCUUCACAUCAUGUUGGAACUUUAGUUAUUUGUAUAUCUUCCUAUAAUUUUAUUGGAGUUCUAGAUCCCUUAACAUUGACUUAUUGUCAGAUACGUGUCAAAGAUUAUUGGAAGGAACCUUUUGAGCCUCUAAAGACUAGUAGUGAACUGGUGGAGUAUAAAGUGUUAGAUAUGGAGAUCGUUUCGAGAGGACAGUUAUAUUCUUUAGCAAAUGUACAAGUUGCACGGGUCUCAGUUAUUGGUAAGAAUGGUACAGAAUCUUUGGUUAAAACUCAUCUUGGUAAUGUUUUGAAGCCUGGGGAUUAUGUUCUUGGUUACGAAUUGUGCAGUACGAAUUAUUCUGCUGAUGUUGAAAUGGAGAAUUGUGUGGAUAUAGUGCCAAAUGUUGUUCUGAUUAAGAAGAAAAAUGCAGCAGCAAAGCUGCAUAUUAAGGUUACUAGGCAGAAGGCAAGUCCAGAAUAUCAACAGUUCUUGGGAGAUUUAGAGAAGAAUCCAGAAGCGAUGUUCAAUUUGUCAUUGAAUGACAGAGAAGGUGAAAAUCAAACCUCGGAAAUGGUAUCCAUGAAGCCAGAUAAUUCAGAACUUGAAUUGGAAGAAUUGCUUGCUGAUCUUGAUUUGAGUGAUCAAGAAGCUAAAAAUCUCUAA